GACCGGAGCCGGUGUGUGUUUGAGCUUAACGGGGCUGUGAACGGAACCGAGCCGCGGGAGACGCCAAUGCGAGGAGAGAAACGCUGUCCAUCCACACCUCUAGAGUGGCAGGUGACAGGUUGCGUGUGGACUGGAGCCCGAGGAGUUCCUGCUCUGACCUGGCGCUCUUGGGCAACACGCGGACCAGUUUGGCGCGCGGCCUGGGUGUGACAUUUGGGCGCUCGGACCGUUUCCUCAAGGUAAAUGUUGAGGACGGCAGCGACAUGUUACCUAAAUCCAGACGAGCUCUCACCAUUCAAGAGAUCGCAGCGCUGGCCAGAUCUUCACUUCACGGUUUCUCGCAGGUGGUCAAAGAUCAUGUGACGAAGCCCACGGCGAUGGCGCAGGGCCGCGUGGCUCACCUGAUCGAGUGGAAGGGCUGGUGUAAACCCACCGACACGCCUAGCGCCCUCGAGUCACACCUCACGUCAUACUCGCAUCUGUCCGAGGGCGAGCAGGAGGCGCGAUUCGCUGCAGGAGUGGCAGAGCAGUUUGCCAUCGCGGAGGCAAAGCUUCGCGCCUGGUCUUCAGUGGAUGGCGACGAGUCUAAUGACGAUUCUUAUGAUGAAGAUUUUCUACCUGCAAACGAGCCCGUUACACAGAGCACAGAUCUGUCCUCGUACCCUCAUUACCUGCGGGAUCUCCUGCACACUCCGGUGUGUCAGACUCACCUGCGGGGGCAUGGCCUGUGUGAGGCGGAGAGUGGUGUGGGCGCUGACCUUUCACCUCCAGUGGGGUCGCCGGGGUCGCCGUCGGACACGCUCUGCUCCAGCAUGUGCAGUUUGGACGAGAGACACCCGUUGCUUCGGGAUCUCAGGCAUCACACGGACACGCCUGCCGCCGACCUCUCCGCCAAGAUCCUCGGCGCUCUUCAGGGAGGGGAGGAGCUACUGUUAGCCCGCCUACACAGGGUGGGGCACAGGCGAGGCCACUCCCCCUGCUGCUUGGAAACGUUUUCCGAGACGUUCGAAGACGAGGACACGCCUUGUAAGGAAUGCGGGGGCGGAGUCUGCCUUCCGCCGGAAUAUUCCACGUGGAGGAAGGUGUCGGAUGUGGCUUCGUCCGGCAUAGUCUCGCUCGACGAGGAAGACGUGGAGGAAGAAGAGCGAGAAGAACAGUGAACAGUGCAUUUUUCUUUCGGACUCCACCCACUAAUUUGCAUUUGGACUCCACCCUUUGAUUUGCAUUCGGGCUCCACCCACUUAUUUGCAUUUAGACUCCACCCAUUGGUUUGCAUUCAGGCUCCGCCCACUUAUUUGCAUCCGGACUCCGCCUGUUGAUUUGCAUAUGGGUUCCACCCACUUAUUUGCAUUCAGACUCAAUCCAUUGGUUUGCAUUUGGGCUCCACCCACUUAUUUGCAUUCAGACUCCACCCCUUGGUUUGCAUUCGGGCUCCACCCACUUAUUUGCAUUCAGACUCCACCCGUUGUUUGCAUUCAGGCUCCGCCCACUUAUUUGCAUUUGGACUACGCCUGUUGGUUUGCAUAUUGGCUCCACCCACUUAUUUGCAUUCAGACUCCACCCUUUGGUUUGCAUUCGGGCUCCAACCACUUAUUUGCAUUUUGGGCGCCAGUUGCUCUUCUCUUUUGGAAAACACUGAAUCUUUCGUUCUCAGGCUCACGAAAAAAUGCAUCUUGACAAACUAAACGGAGGAACGCAAGACUGACGUCGCCCUUAUUAUCAUGCAUGUGUCUCGCAAGUGCCAGACUGAGCGCGAAGUCCUGGACGUCCAGUUGUAUCGCACGGUUUGUGGAUUUAGCUGUUGUGUAUUCCCGCUCCUCAUGUGACGUCAGGCCCCAUUGCAUUCUGGGUCUUGAUCACAGGAUGCCUGUUCCCUGGUCCCUGGUUGGCAUGGCUUGCUGAUUACGUCAAAAACGUACAGUCGUUUACAAAGAAGCACGAAUGCUGAAUGUUUAUACCAUGACAUAGAAUGCGUAAGAAUACCGACGAUCAAGUUAUGCUGUUUUUCUAUUAUUAUUAUAAAUUUUGAUUAUAUUAUUGAAUGGAAUGUUUGUUUUUGCCUGUUUUAAAGCAUUUUCGUCCUCAGACGGACACAAUGAAUGUUUCGGAGUUGAUCCAGUGUUGGUGAAUCAUAAAUGUGGGUCAGUUUGAAGGACUUUGGGAGAGUUGCUCUAUUUUUGUACAUGUGGUUUUUGCGGUGAAUUUGGAGUAAGUGAGUAACGCUGUGGUUUGUUCACAAGAUGCUUGUUUAUUGCUUUCUUUCUCUCUUUCUGUCUCUGAAUUAUCACUGUGUGAUAUUGUCUACAUCAGGAAAAAAUAAUACUAAUGUGAAAACGAAA